AUGGAGUUCUUUGAGAAUGCGCGUUCCGUGCGGCUGAAGAGCCACCUCGGCACGUACCUCUGCGCCGCCGACGACGCCGAGGUCGUCUCCCACGGCUACCGCCGCAACUCCCGCGGCACCGUCUGGGCCGUGGAGCCCGCCGGCGACGAGUACGUCCGCCUGCAGGGCCAGCGCGGGCUCUACCUCGGCGCCGCUGACCCCGCUGCGGCACUCGACGCCGCCACGCCCAGCUGCAGGGUCGUCCAGGGCGUGCCGUCCACCCCCAACGACAGCGCCUUCCUCUGGACGCCGCGGCGGGAGGGCGCGGAGCGCGGCGGCGCCGGGUGCCUCACCCUGUCCGGGCCACUCGGCCGCCUCCUCCGCGCCAGCUUCGGGGAGACGCCGCGGGACAACGCCGUCACCCUCGACUUCGAUGUCGGCCUGGAGGAGAGCGCGUGGGUGGUCGAGGGCGUCCCCGCGGAGCAGGCGGCGCGCCCGCCGCCCUGCCGCGCCCAGUCCUGCGAAGCUCGGAUGCAGGCGACCGCGGCGACGUCGGACACCGCGUCCAGCUCCUUCGUCAGGUUCUACUCCGCCAAGGUACUCGAACAGAAGCGUGACCCUGAUUGUGAUUGGCUUGUUUGCUUCGUUCUUUCCUGA